AUGAGUGUCACACAGUCGUUAACGUUGCGGGACAAGCAAUCGAAGGCUCUGGAAUUGCUCCUGAACUUUAAUGGCUCUGACAAUUCCACAGGCCCUAUUUGGAAGGUGCUGGUUUUCGAUAGUGUUGGCCGCGACAUUAUCUCGAGUGUCUUGCGCGUCAACGACCUGUUUCGGAACGGUGUUACGCUGUAUAUGCUAGCCGCGAGCGAGAGGCAUGCGCUCUCUGAUGUACCGGCGAUUUAUUUUGUUGAACCCACAGAAGAGAAUAUCGCGCAAAUAGGCAAGGACGUCGUUCGCGGUCUUUAUCAAAGCUGGAGUAUCAAUUUCACAAGCCCGCUCAGUCGCAGCCAACUUGAAGACUUGGCAUCAAAGACCUUGCACAGCUCGGCAAAAAUCAAUCAAGUUUACGACCAGUAUCUUCAGUUCUGUAUGCUCGAGUCUGACAUUUUCAGUUUGGAACUGCCCAACGUGUAUCGCGAUUUUGCAAACCCAAGAGCGACUGAUGAUGAUAUUAAUAGCUUGGUAGCAAAGAUCGUCAACGAUCUUUUCUGUGUCGUAAUGACUUACAAUGCCGUGCCGAUUAUCCGGGCUUCGCGUGGAAACGCAGCAGAGUCAAUUGCUCAAAUGCUGGACGAGAAAAUUAGAAGCUAUCUGGGUAAUCCCCGGUCGGCUGCAUUACGCGAUUCAACGGCUAGCAGACCGGUUCUGCUUAUUGUUGACCGUAAUAUCGACUUGGUGUCUAUGUUUACCCACUCGUGGACCUAUCAGUCUCUUAUCAACGACGCCUGCGAGUUCCAGCGUAACCGUAUUACUAUCAAAGGUGAAGAUGGCAAACGCACAGCAUACGACCUGGAUCCCACGGACUUUUUCUGGGGCGAAAACAAAACUUUACCGUUCCCUGAUGUCGCAAAUAAUAUUGAUGCGGCACUGAACAAAUACAAGGCGGAUACUCAACGAUUGACUGGUGGUGCCGAUAUCAGCGAAAUCGAGCCGUCUGCUGCUCACUUAAAAUCUGCAAUGGACGAGCUUCCGGAACUGACACAACGUAAACAGGUCAUUGACAUGCAUAUGAACAUUAGCACCGUUCUUCUUAAGGCCAUCACAGACCGGGGUCUUGCUCAACUUUUCGACGCUGAGGAGACUGCCGCGGGCUCCUCAAAGCAAGAGAUUUUGGAACUCAUUCAAAACAAAGAAUUCUUGAACGCAGAAGAUAAACUUCGUCUCUACAUGGUGUACUUUAUUGUGUCCAACAACUUGUCGCCUGCCGAUCAGCAAGAGUUGGAAGCAGCGUUGACCGAACAGGGCUGUGAUCUCGCUGCGCUAGCUCAUGUCAAACGCAGCAAAGAACUGUCUAAAAUGUCGUUGCUGGCCGGCAGUGCCAAUACGGCAGAGUCGCACCAGGGCGACUUGUUGAAGCGGGUUGGCGGCAUGACAUCUAAAUUGACGGAAAAACUCAACCAGGGCUCGCUCUCCGGCUCGUUUGGUGGUAUUAUUUCCGGUAUCAAGAACUUCUUGCCGGCCAAUAAAGAUCUCCCUCUCACAAAGAUUGUGCAGAGUAUUUUGGAUUCCACAGCAUCAUCUUCUGUUUCUUCAGUGACAGAUGACUACCUUUGCUUCGAUCCGAAGGAGUCUCGAGGCUCACGCUCAAGACCCCCCAAGCGUGGCAGCCAUGACGAGGCUAUUGUUUUCACGGUUGGUGGUGGUAAUUAUUACGAGUACGCCAAUGUCCAAAACUGGGCCGCUAAAGUUGGAACUAAAAAAAUCACCUACGGGUCUACAUCAUUAGUGGCACCAACAAAGUUUGUUCAAGAAUGUGCUGAAUUAGGUCGAAUGGUGUAA